AUGGCUACUGACCUCGAAAAAGACGUCGACAUCUGGAAGCCUUGUACUAGCGAUGUCAUACUAAAACUUCGGGCAGUGAGGAUGAAGAAGAAGAUGGUUGGCUUAGAAGUUGGUAUCGACAAGACCAUCUGUGAGGGGCCGGUCCGCCUGUCAUUCAUGGCACUCGAUGCAGACGAACACGACCCAACGUUCCAUGGUGGUGUCGACAAAGCAGUACACGGAUAUUCCGCCUCCCACUACCCUACAUGGAGAUCCGAGUUCCCCGCAGCUGCAGAGAAAUCUGUACCUGGCGGUUUCGGCGAGAAUUUUGUCUUCAAGUACGUGAACGAGAGAACCGUGUGCAUUGGCGAUAUCUGCGCUAUCGGCGAUGGAGGAGCUGUACUACAGGUCAGCUUGCCGUGUCAACUAUGCUACAAGUUGAACCACCGCUUUCAGCUGAAGAACCUUGCACCGAAUACGCGGACUAUUGAAAGGGUUCAGGAGUAUCUGCACAGGAACCAGCAGGACUAUGCUAUGAACGAAGAGCUGGCCGAAAUCGAAGCACUCGGCGACGAGAGCCGGAACAACUUUCAAAAACGAAAGACAGUGCGGCGAAAGUUCACCAUCGUGGAGAAGAAGCGCCAAACCCCUCGUAUUACGUCUUUCGUUCUCAAAGCCGCCGAAAAGGUCGCAGACACUGAGAAGCUAGACCCUGGGACAUAUGCUACGAUCAAACUACCAAAUGGUUUUGUCCGGUCAUACUCUAUCGUAUUUGAGAAGAGUCGUGGCUCGCGACACCUGCACGAAUUCACAUCGCUUGGAGAUAUUGUCGAAGUUGAUGAGAUCCCAUUUCGCGACCGCUUAGACCCUUUGAGAGACUACAUUCGCUUUCAUGAUCGAUCCCUAGGUACAUUGUCUUGGAAUGCACACGUGUACAUCUGUGGUCCGGACCGCAUGAAUCUAGCUGUGAAGGCAGCUGCAACUCCGGCUAGAGUAGAGGAAGGUGACGUGCAUUACGAGGCCUUCCAAGCGGAUGAAAUGGGUGAUCCUUUCGACGCAGAGGUGAUCAAUCGAGAAAGCAAGAUUGUGCAGGUCAAGGGUGAAGAGUCUUUACUAGAAGCGUUGAGGAGUGCAUUUGGAGACGUGGAGAGUAGUUGUAAGGUCGGCAACUGUGGCACAUGCAGAGUCGCUUAUGACGUGGGUGAUGAGAAGGCUACAGCUAUGCUGAGCUACGUGAGCCGUGGGGUCGUUCGGAUUGCCAGUGAGAUCUAG